UGCAUAUAUUCCUUUUUCUCACACAAAAUUCCUCCCUUACUAGCUAAGUUAUACCAUUUUCCUCAAGCCUCCCUCACCAUCUCAAACUACACACACUUGCCUAGGAGAGUAGAGGGGAAGAAAAACACAAAAUAAAAAGAGAUAAUAGAUGAGAUGAGAAGAGAUACCAUCUCUAGUAAUCUCGAUGCAUCUCCAACGCAUGGUUGGCCAUAAAGCCCAAGCCAAAGGGUGAGAGAAUUUGAUACAACUUUUAUUUUGCGCGCGAAAAGCUAUCAAAGAGAGAGAAGAAGAAGAGAAAAACUUAGCAAAAGCAGCUUAAAAACAGCGUCGUCACGCUGCCUCCCGCUUCCCCCUCUUCGUCUUCUUCUUCUUCCUCCAAUGGCGGUGGCGCAGGCGUCGCUGCUGCAGAGCUUCCCGUUCAGGGCGGCGGUGUUCGCGGCGUGCGUACUGCUGCUCCCCCUCGUGCCGUCGCCGCAGGCGCCGGCGGCGGGGGGAGAUGGUGGCGGCGGCGGCGGCCGUGGGGAGGCGUUUCUUGCCAAGGUGUGGGAGCUGCUCCACCUGCUCGUCGUCGGGAUCGCCGUGUCGUACGGGCUGUUCAGCCGCCGGAACAACGCCGGGAGGCGGGGCGACGAGAAGGAUGCCGCGGCGCAGGCGAAGGCGGACUCCGCCGGGUACGUGUCGCAGAUGAUCCACGACUCGCUGGUGUUCGACGACGGUGGCGGCGACGUGGCGCUCGACAGCCCGGGUGGCAACAGGGUGCGGUCGUGGAGCGCGAUGCACCACCCCGACGAGCCUGUGGUGGUGGUGGCGACCGGCGGCGCAGGAGGCGGCCGGAGCCACGCCGUGGAGGCGGCGCAGCAGGCGCCGCCGCUGUCGCUGCCCGUAAGAACACUGAAGCCGCAGGGCGAGUCGUCCUCCAGCGCGGGCUACGGCGACGGCGGCGAGCCGUGGGCGGCGCGGCCGCGCAGGAUCUCACAGGACACGCCCGGCGGAGGCGGCGGCGGCCAUGAAACCGUGCUCCCUUCGCCGAUCCCGUGGCGGUCACGGUCGGGGAGGUUCGACGCGUCGGCGCCGAGCCCCCCUUCGCCGUCGCCGAAGAGGCUCUCCCCGGCGUCGUCCCUGUCCAAGGAGACACUAGCCAAGGCCAGUGAGGACUACUCCUCCAGGCGGAGGAGCCCGUACAAGUCAUCCCCACCGGCGCCGCCUCCGCCGCCACCUCCGUUCCUCGUCCACGGCUACCAUCCGCCGGCGGCCGAACGCCGCACGGCGGCGAAGAGCUUCAAGGAGGAGCUGCAGGAGCAAACCUCCCACAGCUUCACUACCUCCGAAUUCAGCCGUAGCAGCAGCAACUCCUCGUCGGCGAAGCCAAGAAUCUCCAUAGAUAGCUCCUCCUCCUCCUCGUCGUACUACCCAGUUGCCAAAUCGGUGAGAACAAUCAGAGGAGGAAGAGAAUCACUCCAGAGCCAGAGCCAAGAACAACCCGACGUCGCCGUCGCCGGCGACGCGCCGGCUCUUCUUCACGGAUCGGAUUCAGACGAUCCGUACGGUGGCUACAGGGCGUACCAAUCCAUUCCCAGGUUCCAGUACGAGAGAGGCAGCAGCGACCCCAUCCUGGGCAACGUGACGGUGUCCUCGGAGAGCAGCGACGACGACGACAGCGACGUCGACGGCGACGGCGAGCUCUCGACGAGGGGGAACUCGCCGAGGAGGGAGUCGUCGCCGGAGGUGGACGAGAACGAGGUGGACAAGAAGGCGGAGGAGUUCAUCGCCAGGUUCAGGGAGCAGAUCAGGCUGCAGAGAAUCGAGUCGAUAAAGAAAUCCGCGGGGCCGCGUGGUGUCAAGCACGGCAAGUAGCUCGCCCGCCGCCCGCCGCCGGCGAUCACCGGCGCCACUUUUUUACUUUUUUUUUUGUUCUCGUUUUGAGCAGAGAUAGAUAGUACGGUACUAUUUGUAUUUGUGAUAGCUAAUUAGUAGUUAUCAAGAACCACCUGUAAACAAAUUACAUUCAUGUAGAUGAUGAAUGAGAGUGAGUGCAUGUUCAUGCUCAAUUUCUGGGCAAGGAGAUCGACUGUUGCAUCUGGCAAUCAAACUGGAUAUCUGUUCCAUUAUCUAAAAAUCUUGCCAUGAGCUAAUCUGCUAGUAAAACAUAGCAGUAAUCUGUUACUUCUACUGUAUCUUCUUCUGAACUUAACUGAAACAACUUCAGGUUUCAGCCUGUAAUUCAUUCAGUUCAGUUCAGUUCCC